AUGAAGACUGCCAGAACCAUUGGAAUCAUUAAGGACAAGUUACUAGAGCAGUUCCCUGGACUUCAAGAUGUUGGUAUCUCUCCUCAGCAAAUUCACAAGCACAUAUAUACAAAGGUUGGAUUCACAUUGAAAAGAACAAAGCCUGUUGAAGAGAAGAGAAACACACCAAAUGUGAUCAAAAGUAGAUUUGAAUUUGCCAGCAUGCUUCAGCAACUAGGCAUAUCCUACCAAACAAACUGCAUUUUUGUUGAUGAGGCUGGAUUCAAUGCUAACUUGAUUCGUGAAAGAGGGUUGUCCAAGAAAGGAUCAAAUGCUGUUGUCAGAACAAAAACCAAACGAGCAUUUAAUAUCACAAUUAUGGCAGCCAUAUCUUUUCAAGGUGUUGAAGACGUUACAGCAAAAAUGGUUGCAGGCAGUACAAAUACAGAGCUGUUCCUUCAAUUUAUCAAACAAAUCGUAGCAAGUUUGGACAGAGACAAUGCUGCACCUCACUACUUCAUCAUGGACAAUCCUGCCAUUCAUACUGCCAAUCUUCCCCUUCUUGAACCCCAUAGAGGAAUGUUUUUCAAAGUUGAAGGGUUUAGUUAG